AUGAACCCUGAAUUUGAUGAGGAUCAACUUGUACUCCUCUCCCAGUACUAUCCUGACUCCUCCUUAUUCACCCAGUUUUCUCCCACCCCACAACUACAAGAGACGACAGAGAACAACCCGAAGCCGCGGCGGAGACGGCGUAAGAGCAAGUUGGGAGACGACGGGUCGGCCGCAGUGGCCCGCAAGAGGAAGCUGAGCGACGAACAGGUGCAGAUGCUGGAGAUGAGCUUCGGGAAUGAGCACAAGCUCGAGUCGGAGAGGAAGGACAGGCUGGCCGCCGAGCUGGGCCUCGACCCUCGCCAGGUGGCCGUCUGGUUCCAGAACCGCCGUGCCCGCUGGAAGAGCAAGAAGCUCGAGGAAGAGUAUGCCAAGCUCAAGUCCCAGCACGACUCCGCCGUCCUCGAGAAAUGCCGCCUCGAGUCCCAACUAAUGAAGCUGAAAGAACAACUGGACGAAGCGGAGAAGGAGAUACAGAGGCUGUCGGAGCGGUCGGACGGGUUCUCGAGCAACAGCCCGUCGUCGUCGUUUUCGAUGGAGCCGCCGUUUCUAGGUGAAUUUGGAAUGGAAGGUUUGGAGAAUGUGAUCCCUUACAACAACAAUGCGGCCUAUGCUAAUGCGCCCUCCCAAUGGGGCAGCCUCUAUUACAUCUGA